AUGGAGCUCUUCAAGCAGUUGCUAUCUACUGGGUGGACCUUCAGGGACCGCGAUGCCGAAGAAUGGAUGCCUGUCCCGGCUGUUCCCUCCGUGGUGCAACAGGAUCUCAUCGCAAACCAGAAACUAGAAGACCCGUUCAUCGGGUUCAAUGAACUAAAAGCCCGCUGGGUUAACGAAAAGGCAUGGGUUUACAAAAACACAUUCCAAAGACCGAAUGUCCCCGAAGGCUCGGCAAUUGACCUAGUUCUCGAUGGCCUCGAUACAUUCGCUACGGUCAAAUUAGAUGGUCAGACGAUUCUAAAAAGCGACAAUAUGUUCGUCGGUCACCGGAUCAAUCUCACCAAGGCCUUAGAAGCCGAGGGCGAGCACACUUUAGAAAUUGAGUUUGACUGUGCCCUGCUUAAAGCUCGUGAAAUUCGAAACCAAGACCUGAAUCACAAGUGGGUGGGCUUCAACGGUGAUCCAUCUCGCCUAGCAGUACGAAAAGCUCAAUACCACUGGGGUUGGGACUGGGGGCCGGUCUUGAUGACUGCGGGCAUUUGGCGUGCUGUGCGAUUGGAAGUAUACUCUGCUCGAGUUGUUGACCUUUGGCCACAGACUCAACUGGCUGUGGAGCAUCAGACUGCCGAGGUUACCGCUGUCGCUAAGGUCGACACAGUGGCUACUGGGGACUACCGAGCUCGAUUUUCGUUGAAUCUGAAAGGAACUGAAAUUGCACACCAGGACGUUCCCGUCUCGACAGACCAGAAUGCUGCAGUCACAUUCCGUCUGAACCGCCCCGAGCUCUGGUGGCCCCAUGGAUAUGGCGAGCAAACUUUAUACGAGGUUUCUGUUACACUUCUGCGUAAUGGCGAAUCGGUCGAUCAAAUGAGCAAGAGAAUUGGUAUCAGAACGGCAGAAAUCAUCCAGCAGCCGGACAAACAUGGCAAAUCAUUUUUCUUCCGAAUCAACGGCAUGGAUAUUUUCUGUGGUGGAUCAUGCUGGAUUCCCGCUGACAGUCUACUGCCAAGUAUCAAUGCAGCGCGGUACCGUAAAUGGAUUGAGCUGAUGGUGGAAGGCCGGCAGAUCAUGAUUCGUGUCUGGGGUGGUGGAAUCUACGAAGACGACUCUUUCUAUAACGCCUGCGAUGAGCUUGGUGUGAUGGUCUGGCAGGACUUCAUGUUUGGCUGCGGCAACUAUCCAACCUCGCCUCAGAUCCUCGAAUCAAUACAACAAGAGACAGUAUUCAACGUCCAACGCCUCCGACACCAUCCGUCAAUUGUGAUCUGGGUCGGUAAUAAUGAGGACUAUCAGGUGCAGGAAUCCGAGGGACUGACCUACAACUUCGAGGACAAGGACCCUGAGAGCUGGCUGAAGACAGACUUCCCGGCACGCUACAUCUACGAGAAGCUGCUACCGGAGGUUGUCGCUGAGCAUGCCCCUGGGACUUUUUAUCAUCCGGGGAGCCCGUGGGGUGAUGGAAAGAUCUCUUCUGACCCGACUGUUGGAGAUAUGCACCAAUGGAAUGUUUGGCACGGCACGCAGGAGAAAUAUCAAAUAUUCGACACUCUGGGCGGACGUUUUAACAGUGAGUUUGGCAUGGAGGCCUUCCCUCACCUGUCAACAAUCGAGCACUUUGUCGAGAACCCAGCAGACAUGUUUCCACAGUCUCAGGUGAUGGACUUCCACAACAAGGCCGACGGCCAUGAGAGACGACUGGCAACUUACAUGGUGGAAAAUCUACGGACCGCCACGGACCUCGAAACAUACAUCUAUCUCACGCAGGUCGUGCAAGCGGAAACAAUGAUGUUCGGUUAUCGAGGCUGGCGUCGCCAGUGGGGAGACGAGCGACACUGCGGUGGAGCACUACUAUGGCAACUCAACGACUGCUGGCCGACCAUCUCCUGGGCUAUCGUGGACUACUUCCUGAAUCCCAAGCCAGCCUACUACGCCGUAAAGCGAGUCCUCAACCCGAUCGCAAUCGGCGUCCGACGCGAGCAUCAUGAUUGGAGUGUAGCCCACGCCCAACCCCCACAAGCUAGCAAGUAUGAGCUCUGGGUAGUGAGCAGCAAGCCACACACCCUACAGGGCAGCAUCGAGCUACGGUUCUUAUCUGUUGACACGGGACGCGACAUCCGAUCCCCGAUUGUACGCGAUGUCACGAUCCAAGCUAACGGGACUACGGAUGUGAUAACGGGGUCGAUCGACCACACAACCGACGAACCACACGUCCUUGCCGCGCGGUUGUGGGUGGAGAACAAGAUCGUUGCGCGCGAUGUGGACUGGCCGCAGCCGUUGAAGUACCUCGAUCUAUCAAACCGGGGCCUCGAAAUUCAGGUGCACCGCGACUUGGAUCAAGCAUGUGUUGCGAUUAGCACACAGAAGCCGGUCAAGGCCCUGGUUAUCGAAGAGCAGGAGGGCGUUCGAAUCAGUGAUAAUGCGAUGGAUAUCGUGCCGGGCGAUGAGCAAACUGUAACUGUCACUGGCUUAGGGAACAGAUCGUUAAAGUACCGUUACUUGGGACAAGAAGCCUGUGGCGUGUUGGAGUGA